AUGGGCGCAGAGACGGGGAGAGAUGGGCGCAGAGACGGGGAGACGGAGACGCAGAGACGGGGAGAGACGGAGACGCGGAGACGGGGAGAGACGGACGCAGACAGGCGGCAUCCCUUCUCUGCCCAGCCCCGGGGGUUGGGGGCAGUGGCUUUGGCCAGGAGAGGGGCUCUAGGAUGUGGGGUGGGGUGGGGACCUGCAGUGCGGGGGGGCUGCUCCUGCGGGCGAUGCCGGCGUCACCUGGGCCUGUGCCCAGCGCUCAGGCCCCGCAGUCGUCCUUCCUCGCCCUGCUUCCCCUCCCGCAGCUCCAGGCAGGCCCACCUUGCCUCAGCUCCCUCAGGGGCCACCCCUCUGCCCCGGGUGCUGCCCGCCCUGACCCAGCCCCGACCCCGCCCUCCCCAGUACGGCAUCAAGAAGAAGGAGGAGCGCGAGGCCGAGGCCCAGGCCGCCAUGGAGGCCAACUCGGAGGGCAGCCUGACCCGGCCCAAGAAGGCCAUCCCGCCCGGCUGCGGGGACGAGCCGGAGGAGGAGGACGAGAGCAUCCUGGACACAGUCAUCAAGUACCUGCCCGGGCCGCUGCAGGACAUGUUCAAGAAGUAACCCCCACGCGGGAAGGACCCCCCCCCUCGCCCGCCCCACCCCCGGAGGCCCUGAGGGAGGUCAGCGCAGGGUCGCCCCGCGAUAUAAGCCAUAGCCCUAGGUGUGCCCCCAGCCUCAGGAGCCCCCGCCCCUCCUGCACUGUCCUGCUGCGCUCCUGCUGGACGCGGCUGGGGAUCCCCCGCCUGCUGCUUUAGCCGCGGGCGGCCGGACCCUCCGGGAGCCCGGGACGCCCCUCACUGCUCCCACGCUCACCGCCCACCCAGCGGCGCCCGAGGCCAGGGCCACCCGAAGGGCCAGCCCGACCCCCCCGGUGCGCGUCCCUGCGUGGUGGGCAGGGCUGCCGAGUCCAGGGGCACAGCCAUAGUGGGGGGCUGGGGCAGGGGCUGGGAGUGGCAGCAGCCGCUGCCUGGCACUCCCCCCGCCCCCGGCCAGCCUGGGCCCCCCCGUGCCCGGUAGCUACCACGGCUUCCAGGGCGCCUGCUGCCCCCCACCUGCCCCACCUCCCCUGCUGCACGCCGCUCCCUGGGGCUCGGGUCUGAGGAGUGUGGGGGCAGACAAGCAAUAGGCUGGGGUCCCAGACACCCCAUCACAGCCCCGCCCCCCAGUCUGUUCGCCAGCCCGCUCCCCUGUCCUGUCCCGCCCGGAAGAUGCUCUGGGGGUGCCUGCCCUUGCCUCUAAACACCCACUUUUCACAAGAGCUGGGGAGGCCUGAGCGACUGGCCCCAGCGCCAGCGUCGGGGGCCUGGAGGCGGGGCUCGUGUCCCGGGAGCCCGGCCUGCGCCCCCCGCGCCCUCCAUCGGGGUCACCUGCGUCCCAAUGUGCUGAAUCUCAGGUAAACGAGGUCUUCUGUAUUCCCGGGUUCUGGCUGGACAGAGCCCCUGUCCACCCCGUCGUGCCCCCGCCGCGGGCCCCUGCUCUGCAGAGAAGCCAUACGACUAGCCUGCAAUAGCCGCCCCGCGCGGAGCAUGCCCGCGCCGCCCGUGGCCGUCUGUCCGUCCGUCCUGGCCGCGCCCUCCUGCAUGUCGGGGGCCACCGCGCGUCUCCCGCUGGAAUCACAGCCAAUAAAACCGUGAUUUCACUCUG